CCUCGCCCCACCACCCCUCUCCUUCCGACCCCCCUGGUUACUAUAGCAACACCUACCCUCCGCACCAUACCUUGCCUACCCACCCUGGGUACCCAAAAUUGCUAAUCUGAUUCUUUCCUCCCCUCACCCUUCGUGGGUGGCCAUAGCUAUCCCGACUGGCCCCAAUGAGUGUCCUCUCCAAUCCCCAGCUAAUCCCACUCCCUCUACUGGACCAGGUCGGUUGCCAUGGCAACACUUACCUGCCUCGACCCCUUUACUCCCUUCCCCCGACCAAUUUUAGGAUCCCCUGGGCCAGGAAUAAACCUUUGGUUCUACCUCCCCAGACUCCUCUGCUAGCUACACAGGCCAGUUGCUAUGGUAACGGCCAUAGAGCUGUUACUAUGGUCACCUUAAUCUUGCCCCCUCCCAGACAUUUUCUCCAUAGUCCAUCCUCAGCUAUGCAGUACCACUCCUAGACCCGGGGUGAGCUAAUGCCCAGAGAAAGAAAGGAAGGUUGAUUGCCAUGAUACUCCCCCCACCCCCAACACACAAGGUGUCCAGACCCAGCCAGGGAUAGGGCUGCUGUGCUUGGAGAGAGCUUAGAGCAGGAAAAGCAGUCAGCAUUGGGGAUUUGUAUACACCACUCUCCUAAAAAGAAUUCCACAUGAUCUGAAGGCUGGGCUCAGCAAUGUAUUGUGCCACCAGCACUUGUGCAACUUUGCCCAGAAUCCUGUCCCUCCUGGCCUCAAUAAAAUGCCAGGGCUGGACCUGAUGACCAUAGGAUGCUUUCUCUGAGGCCAGAGGGGCCCUCCACAGCCAGCUAAGGCAGCCUUUUACAGCCAAGGAACCUGAGGCCCGGAGCUGCAGGGCUCAAGUGGGCUGGAGGCUGCCAGGAUCCCGGGGCUAGCCCCACUUCCGAAAGCCAGAUGCGUCUUACCCGAUGCCAGGUCGCGCUGGCGGCCGCUAUAACCCUCAACCUCCUUGUCUUCUUCUAUGUGUCUCGGCUGCAGCAGCAGCGUCGGCGGGGGAGCCGGGCAAUCCGGCCCCCCCGGCUCUCGCACUCGGCUCCGGACUCUCGGGUCACUGUCCUCAUCCGGGAAUUUGAAGCCUUUGACAAUGCCGUGCCCGAGGUGGUGGCCUCCUUCCUGCACCAUGACCCUACCCAACCCAUCGUUGUGGCUGCUGACACCCUCCCUUACCCACCCCUGGCCCUGCCUGCUGUUCCCAAUGUCCGGCUGGCCCUGCUUCAUCCUUCCCUAGACCAGCCAGCUGCUGCUUCCCAGCCUGAAACCUACGUGGACACAGAGUUUGUGGCCCUGGUACCAGAUGGCACGAGGGCAGAGUCCCCUGGACAGCUCCAGCGCAUGGCUGAGGAGCUGAAAAACACCCACGCCCGACUGGUGGCUUCCCCGGUGGCGACGGCAAACCCCCCCCACUGCAUGGCUCUGGAGGUGAAUCUGCGCGAGUGGACAGCCAGCUAUGGACCGGCCCCAGAUCCUCCCUUCUGUGAUGCCCUGGACGGAGAGGUCGUGGUGGUGGUCAGGACCCGUGACCUCUUUAACCUCUCCCUCCCCCUAGCCCGGCCCAUGAGCACCAGCCUCUUCCUUCAGACCUCGGUCCGAGGCUGGUCCGUGCGCCUGCUGGACCUCCCCUUCGCCCCUGCCCGGCAGCCUCCCCUGGCCACAGCCCAUGCGCGCUGGAAGGCUGAGAAGGAGGGACGCGUCCGGCGCGACGCGCUCUUGCGGACGCUGGGCAUGCGGCUGGUCAGCUGGGAGGGGGGGAGGCAGGAGUGGUUCGGCUGUGGCAAGGAGACAGCCAGGUGCUUCGACACAGUGGUGGGCGACACUCCUUCCUACCUGUACGAGGGCCGCUGGACGCCCCCGUGCUGCCUGCAGGCCCUUCGGGAGACUGCCCGGCACGUCAUCGGGGUGCUCGAGGCCGCGCGGGUGCGUUACUGGCUGGAAGGGGGCAGCCUGCUGGGGGCAGUGAGGCAUGGGGACAUCAUCCCUUGGGACUACGACGUGGACCUUGGCAUCUACCUCGAGGACGUGGCCAACUGCGAACAGCUUCGGGGGGCCGAGGUGGGCUCCGUGGUGGAUGAGCGAGGCUUCGUGUGGGAGAAGGCUGUGGAGGGAGACUUCUUCCGGGUCCAGUACAGUGAGACCAACCACCUCCAUGUCGACCUGUGGCCCUUCUAUCCCCGGAAUGGCGUCAUGACCAAGGACACGUGGCUCGACCACCGCCAGGACGUCGAGUUUCCGGAGCAUUUCCUCCAUCCGCUGGUGCCCCUUCAGUUUGCCGGCUUCCUGGCCCAGGCACCCAACAACUACCGCCGCUUCUUGGAGCUCAAGUUCGGGCCAGGUGCCAUUGAGAACCCAGAGUACCCCAAUCCUGCCCUGAAGAGCCUCGCAGGUAGCGGGUGACUUAGGAAAACUUUUUGGGGGAGUUGGUGACUGCCAUGUUCUAGGAACCACCUCUCCCAAGAGGCUUGCCAAGAACGAGAAGACUAGACCAACUCUUGGUCCUGCAUGGAGAGGAUCAAGUCUGUCUGGGAAUGCCAGGGGGCUUAUGGGGAGUGGUACCUCAGGAAGGUAGCAAUAAAAGACCCUGCUCCUGG